AUGUCAAACAAGGCUUUUCGCGUUGCUAUGGAUGUCCUGCCUGCUCAAGCUUCAUUUGUGCCUUCCAAGCACAUAUUUUCAUCAAGCAAAGAGACCUGCACUCUAUGGUGCAGCAACCUAUCUCCGACCACACUCAAAGCACUACAAGUCAUCUGUGAAUGA